AUGACCAUCUCAUUCCUCAAGGGUGCAAUUGCCGCAACGCUUGUAGCCAGCGCUGGCUGCCAUGCUGCCGCUCUCACCAGGCGCAAUCUAUCUUUCGGAGGCACCGACUGGCACAAGUAUAUUCGUUCGCCGGAUAAGUCAAUUGUCAAACCCAGGUCUAGCCUAUCGGCCAACACUACUGGAGGUGUGGUCAAUCCUGAUGGCUUGUUUGGUACGAAGGGUUCUCCGACUAUUCUGACGCGCAAGGAUGGGCGUGACGAUAUCCCGAGUCUUGUUAUUGAUUUUGGUCAGAAUGUUGUUGGGAUUGUUUCUAUUGACUUUGCAGGAUCGACCAAUUCUUCGGAGGGCCUGCGUGGGUUGAGGCUGGCUUUUUCGGAAACGAAGCAGUUUCUGACCAAUACUAGUGAUUUCACUAGAUCAGAUAACAUGCAGGCUAGCAGCUCGGGUCCUCAUAUCCUAAUAUGCCUACGGAUUGCCGUUGCAAACUAUCCAUAUACCUGGAAGGACCAUAUUGGCUGCCAGCACGACAAUAAGGUUUGCUCGGACGGCCUCCACGGAUUUCGAUACCUAAAGAUCUGGCUCGACGCGAUCACAGGUGAUGCUCCUUACACACAGCCCUACGGCUCGGUAUCUAUCUCCAACAUUGAGCUCGAGUGGUCCGCCUACCUGGGAACAGCAGAUACCUUUACUGGAUGGUUUGAGUGUUCCGACGAGGAUAUUACACAGUGGUGGUUCGAUGGUGUCUAUACAGCUGAUAUGGGGACUGAUACGUUCCUUGCCAAUGAGACCGAUCCCCGGGACUCAGCCACGCCUACUCUGGAAGGCAAGGAGGUUCUUUUCGACGGCGCCAAGAGAGACCGGGACCCUUAUGUUGGGGACUUAGGUGUUGCUGCACUUACUGCAUAUCUCUCUCACGAUAAUCCAGAUGCGGUUCGAAAUAUUCUGGCUGAUCUGGCUGAACAUCAGAGAGAUGAUGGUUGGAUUCCGCCAGCUAGCAUCAACAACUAUACACUCGACUUGUAUGACUACCCUAUGUGGUGGAUCGUCUGCACUGUUGACCUGGUCAUGUACACCGGAGACACAUCCUUUGCGAGACAAUACUACAAUGUCAUGAAAAAGUCUCUCGAUAACUACUACGGUCAAAACCUCACCUCUACCAGUGGCCUCCUAAACAAGACAAACGGCUACGGCGACUACGCAUUCCUCCCUCUCUCUGGAAUCAUCACCUACUACAACGCACUAUAUGCCCAUGCCUUGAAGUCCGCAGCCCAACUAGCCAAAGUUUUCGGCCACGACACCGACGAGCAAACCUGGACUUCACGAGCCUCAGACAUCAACAACAAGCUCCUUGCGCGAAACUGGGACUCUUCCGUAGGCGCCUUCUAUGACGGAGGCCCCUGCCCCAAUAAGCCAGGAGACACAAUCUGCGACGUCCACGCCCAAGACGGAAACAGCCUAGCCGUACUCGCUGGCACCGUCAACUCGUCACAGGCCAUCAGUCUACUAGACUACUACGGCAGGAGGACCGCCCGCUCAUAUGGCAACGCCUUCUACGACAACGACGCUCUCCAAGAAGGAUUUUCCGAACGGGUGUAUGCGUUCUUCUCAUACUUCGAGCUAGCAGCUCGCUUUGUCACGCCCGGUGCGGCGGGAUCGGCUUUCGAAGAGGUCAAGCGUCUUUAUGGGUGGAUGUCGACCCAUGAUCCUGAGGUUACGUUUUGGGAGGGCAAUGGUCCUGAUGGAUCCCCGCAUGAGGAGGGGUUUACCUCCAUGGCUCAUGGUUGGUCUACUGGUAUCGUGCCACUUAUGAGCAACUAUGUCCUUGGAAUCAAGCCUACUGGUCCUGGCUUUGAGACCUGGGAGAUUUGUCCUGUUAUUGAUGGUGGUGAUCUUACUUGGGCGAGGGGUCAGGUUGGUACGCCGAAGGGUCCUGUUAGGGUUUCGUGGAAGAAGGAAGAUGAUGGUACUUUUGUGCUUGAUAUUGAGACUCCCAAGGGAACAAGUGGUGUUGUUUGUGUUCCUACGCACGGUUUCAAGAAUGGCCAGGUAAUUAUUGAUGGGAAGCCGAUCGAAAGUGCUAGUGAUGCUGCCACUGUCGGACCAAGUGCGACUUCUGGGGAGGAAUACGUGGUUAUCAAGGCUGAGGGUGGCACGCAUGCUAUCUCAGUUGGAGCUUGA